CCCAGCGCGGCGCCGGCGAGCGCGACGCGGGCCCCUCACGGUCCCCGGCGCCCCGCCUCCGGAGCAGCCCAUGCAGCCGCGCGGACCCGCGCCGCGGAGAAGGUUGGUCCCUGCACCCGAGCGGAGAGGCGGGCGGCCCCGGUGAGCGCCCGGAGCCCCGGCUCCAGCGCGGGGCCUCGAGGGGUGCAGACCUGCUGAGCCUGCGGCCGGCGCGAAGGGUGGCCGUAGGAGGAAGGGAGGAGAGUACAUGAAGAGAAAGAACUUGAAGAACUCCUUCCAGAAGCAAAGGGGAAGCCAGCUUGGCUGCAGACCCCAGUCUACGAAGCAGCAGCCCCACCUGGGAGCGGGGUGGCGGCCAGAGCAAUGGUGGGAGCCCUGAAGAUGCCUCAUGGCUGCUGAGCGGGCUGCCCCGUCAGGGAGCAGGGCGGCGGGCAUGCUGUGUGGCCUGUGGGUCCUGGUGCUGGUAUCCUCAGUCCUGGCUCUGGAAGAGGUAUUGCUGGACACCACUGGAGAGACAUCUGAGAUUGGCUGGCUCACCUACCCACCAGGUGGGUGGGACGAAGUGAGUGUUCUGGAUGACCAGCAACGCCUGACUCGGACCUUCGAGGCAUGCCACGUGGCCGGGGCCCCUCCCGGCCCCGGGCAGGACAACUGGCUACAGACACACUUUGUGGAGCGGCGAGGGGCCCAGAGAGCGCACAUCCGGCUGCACUUCUCCGUGCGGGCCUGCUCCAGCCUGGGCGUGGCGGGGGGCACCUGCCGGGAGACCUUCACGCUUUACUACCGCCAGGCCGAGGAGCCCGACAGCUCCGACAGCAUCUCCUCCUGGCACCUCAAACGCUGGACCAAGGUGGACACGAUCGCGGCAGAUGAGAGUUUCCCCGCCUCCUCAGCGUGGGCGGUCGGCCCGCGCGGGGCGGGGCAGCGGGCGGGGCUCCAGCUGAACGUUAAAGAGCGGAGCUUCGGGCCCUUGACCCAGCGCGGCUUCUACGUGGCCUUUCAGGACACCGGGGCCUGCCUGGCCCUCGUGGCGGUCAGGCUCUUCUCCUACGCCUGCCCCUCCAUGGUCCGCGCCUUCGCCACCUUUCCUGAGACGCAGGCCAGUGGGGCCGGGGGGGCCUCCCUGGUGGCGGCCGUGGGCACCUGUGUGGCGCACGCAGAGCCCGAGGAGGAUGGAGGAGGGGCCCAGGCAGGAGGCAGCCCUCCCAGGCUGCACUGUAACGGGGAGGGCAAGUGGAUGGUAGCCGUCGGGGGCUGCCGCUGCCAGCCCGGGCACGAGCCGGCUCGCGGAGACAAGGCCUGCCAAGCCUGCCCCAGGGGGUCCUACAAGGCCUCGGCUGGGAAUGCCCCCUGCUCACCGUGCCCUGCCCGCAGCCUCGCCCCUGACCCUGCGGCCCCUGCGUGCCCCUGCCUGGAGGGCUUCUACCGGGCCAGCUCCGACCCCCCAGAGGCCCCCUGCACUGCGCCCCCGUCGGCCCCUCAGGAGCUGUGGUUUGAGGUGCAGGGCUCUGCGCUCAUGCUGCACUGGCGCCUGCCUCAGGAGCUGGGGGGACGCGGGGACCUGCUCUUCAACGUCGUGUGCAAGGAGUGUGGAGCGGGCGGCAAGGGCGCUUGUCGCCGCUGCAGGGAUGAGGUGCAUUUCGACCCCCGCCAGAGGGGCCUGACUGAGAGCCGCGUGCUCGUUGGGGGGCUCCGGGCACACGUGCCCUACAUCUUGGAGGUGCAGGCCGUCAACGGGGUGUCGGAGCUCAGCCCCGACCCUCCCCAGGCUGCAGCCAUCAACGUCAGCACCAGCUACGCAGUUCCCUCCGCAGUCCCUGCUGUGCACCAGGUGAGCCGGGCCUCCAGCAGCAUCACCGUGUCCUGGCCACAGCCCGACCAGACCAACGGGAACAUCCUGGACUAUCAGCUCCGCUACUAUGACCAGGCAGAAGAUGAAUCCCACUCCUUCAUCCUGACCAGCGAGACCAACACGGCCACCGUGACCCAGCUGAGCCCUGGCCACAUCUAUGGCUUCCAGGUGCGGGCACGGACGGCCGCAGGCCACGGCCCGUACGGGGGCAAGGUCUACUUCCAGACGCUGCCUCAAGGUGAGCUGUCCGCCCAGCUUCCUGAGAGACUAUCCUUGGUGGUUGGGUCCAUCCUGGGGGCGCUGGCCUUCCUCCUGCUGGCGGCCAUCACCGUGCUGGCUCUCGUCUUCCAGAGGAAGCGGCGUGGAACUGGCUACACGGAGCAGCUGCAGCAGUACAGCAGCCCAGGGCUCGGGGUGAAGUACUACGUCGACCCCUCCACCUACGAGGACCCCUGCCAGGCCAUCCGAGAAUUCGCACGGGAGGUCGAUCCCACGUACAUGAAGAUCGAGGAGGUCAUUGGAGCAGGCUCCUUCGGGGAGGUGCGCCGGGGCCGCCUGCAGCCCCGGGGACGGCGGGAGCAGGCCGUGGCCAUCCAGGCCCUGUGGAGCGGAGGCGCCGAGAGCCUGCAGAUGGCCUUCCUAGGCCAGGCCGCAGUGCUGGGCCAGUUUCAGCACCCCAACAUCCUGCGGCUGGAGGGCGUGGUCACCAAGAGCCGGCCCCUCAUGGUGGUGACGGAGCUCAUGGAGCUGGGCCCCCUGGACAGCUUCCUGAGGCAGCGGGAGGGCCAGUUCAGCAGCCUGCAGCUGGUGGCCAUGCAGCGGGGCGUGGCCGCCGCCAUGCACUACCUGUCCAGCUUCGCCUUCGUCCACCGUGCACUCUCUGCCCACAGUGUGCUGGUGAACAGCCACCUAGUGUGCAAAGUGGCUCGUCUUGGCCACAGUCCUCAGGGCCCAAGCUGUAUGCUUCGCUGGGCAGCCCCAGAGGUCAUUGCACACGGGAAACAUACAACAUCCAGCGACGUCUGGAGCUUUGGGAUAGUGAUGUGGGAAGUGAUGAGUUACGGAGAACGGCCCUACUGGGACAUGCGUGACCAGGAGGUACUAAAUGCAAUAGAGCAGGAGUUCCGGCUGCCCCCGCCUCCAGGCUGUCCGCCUGGACUACACCUGCUUAUGCUGGACACUUGGCAGAAGGAUCGUACCCAGCGACCUCACUUUGACCAGCUGGUGGCUGCGUUUGACAAGAUGAUCCGCAAGCCAGACACUCUGCAGGGAGCAGAGCACUCCGGCGGGAGCCCCAGGGACAGACCUUCCCAGGCCCUUCUGAACCCCGUGGCCCUGGACUUUCCCUCUCUGGACUCCCCCCAGGCCUGGCUCUCGGCCAUCGGCCUGGAGUGCUACCAGGACAGCUUCUCCCAGUCUGGCCUCCACACCUUCAGUGACGUGGCUCAGCUCAGCCUGGAAGACCUGCCAACCCUGGGCAUCACCCUGGCCGGCCACCAGAAGAAGCUGCUACACCACAUCCAGCUCCUACAGCAGCACCUGAGGCCGCCGGGCUCUGUGGAGGUCUGAGCCCCGGGCAGAGAGCUGUGAACUGAGAAUGCCCGUGGCCCAGUCCUGGACGCAGGUCCAAGGAGGACAUGGGAGAUGUGGCCACCGUGAGAAGCGCCCGCCUGCCACGCUAACCCCGAGCCUGGGGACGCCUCACUCCCUGGUCCUCUGCCCCUCCACCGCCCUCCCCCACAUUAAAGGGAAAGAAGGGAUUUUUGCAAGUUGGAGGUGUGGUGAGGCCUCGGUCUGCAGGGAAGGGGUGGGAAGGCCUUGGAGCAGAGAGGCAGGGCCAGGAAGACCACACCGCAGAGGAGGGUGCACAAGGACAGCAGGAAGGACUUUAUUGGAAGGUAGGAGGUGGCUUCCCCACCAGGCGGUACCCAUUCCCUCAUUACACCUUUCCCCAGCCUCCUCCACUGUCUGCAGCUGUGACACCGGGGUGGAGACCAGUGCCCGAGGCAGCAAGCCUUUCUUAAAGUGCUUGGCUCAGAGAGUGCAGCCGCCAGGGUGGUUGAAGCUGGGUCCUUAUUCGCGCUGGGCCCUGUGCUUCCCAUGAGGUGUGGGCCUGCUCCUUGGUUUCCCUUUAUUGUGUUCUGCCCUCUGGACCUGGCAGAUGAGAGGUCUAGGCUUUGCUUCUUGAUGCUGCUGGGCACCAGUGUGGGCGGAGACACUCAGAUCUGGUACUCCCAGCACUGCCCGUCCUCCAGAGCCAUGGUCAUCGUCCCCCUCCCCUCUCUCCGGGUCGCUUCCCGCAGCCUCUCCCAGUUCGUGCUGCUGCGGGAAGUACUUCGAGACACUGAGGGGGCAGGAAGGGACAGGUGGGGGCCACCCAGCCCCCGUCCUUCCAUGUCAUCUUCGGAGCCUGGGUUGCAGAAGGCCUGCGCAUAGCGCCGGACGCGCUGCCGGUUGAGAUCCUGUCUGUCUUCCACCCUGGCGGCGGGGAAGGAAGAGUUGGAGAGGCUGACCUUGGACCAGCCCUUGUCUCCUGGCCCCGCCCAACCCUACUGCUGGUGCCCUUUUCCCUCGUCUGCAGCCCGAGUGGGCACAGGGGGUGCCAGGCCUCGGGAAGCAGCACAGAGUUGAGUCCAGCAGCUCUGGGGAUGCUUUCAGGGCCCAGGAACCUAGCAGGCCCCUUUCUCCCAGCGAGGCCUGAAGCCUAGGGAGCACACAGGCCUGCACAGGGUCCCUGGGGGCAGGAGGUUGAGCAGAGGGACGCCAGCCCCCGCUGUCACUCACCGCAGGAACCAACGGUCCCCCAGCCCGAACUUGCGCCCGCAGAUCCCGGAGCGAGGCCACAGGCAGCGAGGCAGCUUCUUUUCCAGCAUCACUGUGGUGGCCACGACCUGCGUGUGGGGACAAAAGAGGACGAAAUCAGAGGCUGGGUGCAGACCAGGAGAGGAGAGGAUGCCAGGCAGAGGGAAAACAGUUGAGCAACAUCUGGGAAACUCAUGGUUUCCCAGAGGUGCCAACACCCCUGAGGUGGGGACGGCAGUGGCAGCUUUGUCAGCUCUCUUCUGCGGGCGAGAGUGGAUGGGCCUUGAGCCCUACAGCACUUCACCCGUGACCUGACAUCCGGGCCGGGCUGGUCCUGCAGCAGGUGGGGAGACCUUGCUCCAAGGAGACAGGAAGGAGGGCAGAGCAAAGAGAAAGGGUCUGCAGGGCUGCAGAAUAUUUUGGCCCUACAGGUGUAAAGGCCACUUAGAAACACAAACAUCUUGCAGAGAAAUCUCGUAUCAAUACAUUCGCAUGGAAAAAAAUAUUUUCAUCAGCAAACCCUGUUCAGCCAGCUUACGCUUUUUUUUAACUCCAUUUUUUACACAACACAGUUAGAUGCCAUCCAAUUUGAGGGACUUCCAUUUAUUUUGCUGAAAUUAUUUUUGUUGAGAUAAAUUAUUUUGUAUUUUUAAAUGA